AUGGCCAAAAAAGAUAAGAAAGGGAAAAAGGACGAUUCUAACGAACCUCCAGAGUCUGACGUUCAGGAUGAGAUAUUGCUGGCCACAACAAACUUGGAACCAGAACCAGAGGAGGUUCAGUACACAGACACCUCGUACACCAGUGCUUCUUUCGAGUCCUUACCACCUGUUAUUGAAGAACCGAAGGCUAAGAAAAAGAAAGGAAAGAAGAAAAUUGAGGCUGUCGAGGUCCUGAAAGACACAAGUGAGCUAUUUCAGUGGUCAGAAGAAUCGCUACCUGCAGAAGAACAAAAGAUAGAAGAAGAGCAGAAAGAGACCAAAAAGAAAAAAAGUAAAAAGGGAAAGAAGGAAAAGGAAAAAGAGGAAAUACCCGAAUUUGAAAAGGUAAACUUAUAA